AGAACCCUAGUCCGCUGCCUUUGGCAGGCAACACAUGUAAGGAGCGAUCUUCACCGUUGAAACAGUAACACGUGGCGACAAUCUUUGUGAUGACCUCUUUGAUGAGAAACCGUAGCCGUAGCGGCCUCCAUUCCUAAAAGCGUUUUACUUUCCAAUCCAAUCUUGUGCAGAUUCCUUACUACAAUCGUCUCUCAAAUCUCCUAUUUUCCAGGAAAGUUUCACUCACCUUGAGACUCGGGUUCGGCUUUUGAAUCUCGGAUCUCGCUUCUGGUAAGUGUCCGCUUCGUGGAGGUUUCUCACUAGUUGGCUAUUUUGUCUUGACGACGAGGGAAUAACAUUCGCGGCUUCAUUUCUGUAUUAUCAAAGAUGGCGUCAAAGGAGGGGUUUUUAACAGAUGAGCAGAGAGAGAUGAUGAAAGUUGCAACCCAGAAUGCAGUGAAUCAUCCACCCGCACAAAAACCUCACUCGUCAUUUCUGUCUGAGAAUCUGCCUAAACCAUCUGCUGCUGGGAAAGCUCCUGCUGGUUCGAAUGCUGUGAAACAUAGAAGGUCUCAUGCGGGGAAGUCUGUUCGUCCAAAGAAAGAUGGGUGUGGUGGGAAAGGAACUUGGGGGAAACUUAUUGACAUUGAUGCAGACUAUCAAAUUGACCGGAAUGAUCCAAAUUAUGACAGCGGAGAGGAACCAUUCGAGCUUGUUGGUGCAACUGUUUCAGACCCAUUAGAUGAUUACAAGAAAGCUGUGGCUUCCAUCAUUGAAGAAUACUUCAGCACUGGCGAUGUCGAUGUGGCAGCAUCUGACCUCAUUGAACUUGGUUCAAGUGAGUAUCAUCCUUACUUCAUCAAGCGCCUUGUCUCUGUGGCCAUGGACAGACAUGACAAAGAGAAGGAAAUGGCCUCAGUGUUGCUUUCCGCAUUGUAUGCUGAUGUCAUUAACCCGAACCAGAUAAGAGAUGGAUUUGUCCUGCUGCUCGAGUCAGCUGAUGACUUUGUAGUGGAUAUACCUGAUGCUGUUAAUGUUCUUGCUCUGUUCCUUGCACGUGCUGUUGUGGAUGACGUCCUUCCUCCAGCUUUUCUUCCCAGGGCAACCAAGGCACUUCCACAAUCUUCCAAAGGUUACCAGGUUGUCCAAACUGCAGAGAAAAGCUAUCUAUCAGCUGCACACCAUGCCGAGCUAGUUGAAAGAAGAUGGGGUGGAACGACUCGAACCUCUGUUGAGGAAGUUAAGAAGAAGAUUACUGACAUUUUGAAGGAAUAUGUGGAGACUGGAGACACUUAUGAGGCAUGUCGCUGCAUUAGGGAGUUGGGCGUGUCUUUCUUUCAUCACGAGGUCGUGAAAAGGGCUUUAAUUACUGGCAUGGAGAGUUACACAUCAGAACCACUUGUAUUGAAACUGCUGAAGGAAGCAGCUUCAGAAAACUUGAUAAACUCUAGUCAAAUGGUGAAGGGGUUUUCCAGGUUAAGGGAAAGCCUUGACGAUCUUGCUCUUGACAUUCCUUCAGCUAAAACUAAAUUUGAUUUGCUUGUGCCAAAGGCUAUCGCUGGCGGUUGGCUUGAUGCUUCUUUUAGUUAUCCCUCUGGUGAAAAUGGACGACAGCAGAUCGAGGACGAGAAACUAAAGCGGUUCAAGGAAGAGAUUGUGACCAUCAUUCAUGAGUAUUUCAAUUCCGAUGACAUACCUGAGCUCAUACACAGUCUUGAGGAUUUAGGAGCGCCCGAGUACAACCCAAUAUUUCUAAAGAAGCUGGUAACACUUGCUCUAGACAGGAAGAAUCGGGAGAAAGAAAUGGCAUCUGUUCUCCUCUCUUCUCUUCACAUCGAGAUGUUCACCACAGAGGAUGUUGCAGAUGGUUUCGUCUUGCUCCUAGAGUCUGCAGAAGAUACAGCUCUUGACAUCCUCGAUGCUUCCAACGAACUUGCUCUGUUCUUAGCUAGAGCUGUGAUCGAUGAUGUUUUGGCACCAUUUAACCUUGAAGAGAUCUGCAGCAAACUAAGACCAAACUCAAGCGGAACUGAAACAGUGAAGAUGGCCAGGUCACUUAUCUUUGCUCGACAUGCAGGAGAGAGGCUUCUAAGAUGCUGGGGAGGUGGGACCGGGUGGGCUGUUGAAGAUGCAAAGGACAAGAUACUGAAUCUCCUGGAGGAAUAUGAAAGCUCAGGGCUUGUAUCAGAAGCGUGCAAAUGCAUCCGUGAGCUAGGCAUGCCUUUUUUCAACCAUGAGGUUGUUAAAAAAGCACUGGUCAUGGCCAUGGAGAAGAAGAACGACAAGAUGGUGCUGGAUCUUCUGCAGGAGUGUUUUGGUGAAGGACUCAUAACCACAAACCAGAUGACCAAAGGAUUAACUAGAGUCAAAGAUGGACUCGAAGAUCUAGCUUUAGACAUUCCAAAUGCAAAGGAGAAAUUCAAGGACUAUGUGGAGCAUGCCAAGAAGAAUGGUUGGGUUUCAUCUUCAUUUGUAACUUCCCUAACCGAAGAUGCUUAAUCUAAGCCUAAAUCGAGGAGAAGCCCAGAAAAGGUGUGGGAACUAGAAACAAUGUGAUGAUGACUUCAUAGAAUGUACAAGCUUCUUUCUCUCUUGAGCAUCCCUGUGCUUGUUUUUUUUGCAAUUUUUAAGGCUUUAAGAAUUCUGCAAGGGAGCUAAUCUUUUCACGAAUGUUAAGUUAACGUUUGUUUUCUUCAGUGGAACCUGUUUUUAAAUCUUUUUGUUGCUCUCUCAAUUUUAAUCACAAUCGUAAAAAUUGGGGGCUAUUUUGUUAGUAGCGGAAAC